GGGCGGUAAAUAGCCCUUCAAGCCGAAGCAGCGGUAGGAGUGUGUGUGUGGACGCUAUUACAACGUACUUUUUGGAUUAUUUCACCUAAAUAAUGCCGUAUGCUAACCAACCCACGGUGAAGAUCACAGAACUGUCGGACGAAAAUGUCAAGUUUGUCAUUGAAAACACAGAUUUGGCGGUUGCAAACUCUAUCCGCCGUGUCUUCAUGUCUGAAGUUGCGACCAUAGCUAUUGACUGGAUCCAGAUCGAUGCCAAUUCAUCAGUACUGCAUGAUGAGUUUGUUGCACACAGAGUUGGUCUCAUACCUCUCACGAGUGAUGACAUCGUGGAGAAACUGCAGUACUCCAGGGACUGUACCUGUGAUGACUUUUGUCCCGAGUGCUCUGUUGAGUUGACGAUGGAUGUUCGAUGUACCGAAGACCAGACGCGUCACGUCACCUCCCGUGACCUUUUGUCCAAUAACCCCAGAGUCAUCCCAGUGACCUCCAGGAGUAGAGACAACGAUCCCAAUGACUAUGUUGAACAAGACGACAUUUUGCUGGUGAAGCUCCGUAAAGGUCAGGAACUGCGGCUCAGGGCGUACGCUAAGAAAGGCUUCGGUAAGGAGCACGCCAAGUGGAACCCAACCGCAGGCGUCUCCUUUGAGUACGACCCCGACAACGCUCUGAGGCACACCGUCUUCCCACGUCCAGAGGAGUGGCCAAAGAGUGAGUAUACAGAGAUCGAGGAGGACGAGGUUGAGGCUCCCUACGACCCAAACGGAAAGCCAGAAAGGUUCUUCUACAAUGUCGAGUCCUGUGGCUCCCUGCGACCGGAGACCAUCGUCAUGUCAGCACUGGCCGUCCUUAAGAAGAAGCUGAGCGACUUGCAGACUCAGCUGAGCCACGAGAUCCAGAGCGACGUGCUCACCAUCAACUGAGGACCCGCUCCUUACAGAGCAGGACCUGCAUUCACACAGCUGCGUUAUCAACCGAGGACUCAUUCUCAAUCACUGUUCAGGUCACAUUACAAAUGUCCAAUCAUUGUUUACGGACGAAGAAGAAUACUUCCUUGAUACUAGGCUCAGAUGUGUUUGAGGUCAAAGAUCAAUCAGGGAUAUUUUGGCUGGGGGAAAUUUGAACCAGUAAGAGAUUGUUGUUGUUUUUUUGUCCCAACAGCUUAGGAAGAGUUUGGUUAAAUUUCCUGUUUUGGGAUGUUUUUGAGAAGCAUCCUUGUAAUAAUGUCAGCAGUGAUUGUGACAGAAGCUAUGUGUAAAAGCGUCCAGCACAGGUCAGUGUCUGAAAGUGAGUUUCUCUCAGAAUGAUGAUUUGUUGUUGUCAGUGUAACGCUGACUGUUUGAUUAUUGUUUGUUUAAUGUCCCUUUUUUAAAUAAAUAUGUUUGACAAACA